AUGCUGAAAUACUUAUUAGGUAUUUGUCUUCAGACCCUUAUCCUUGCCCUGCUGGUGGUUUUGACCAGCUGCAAUGAAGAGGACUUACAGGCGCAGCUUGUCAAGUCUGAGAACCUCCAAAAUCUGGAUGGAGCUGGGCAGUUCAAGCACGAAACCGUGGUGACCAACGGCAUCCAGAUUAAGGCCCAGGGAAAUGUGAACGGCAUACAGGGCGAAUACUUUCUGCCCGGUGAGGAUGGCAAGCAAAUCCGCGUGACGUACACUGCAGAUGCAACCGGCUUUCAUCCGAAGGUCGAGGAGUGAUCGCGUGAUCUUAAUUAUGAUUCAAUUUACGUUGUUAUAAUCCAUGUGUUAAAAGGAGUGAUGUUGCUGCAAUAAAACGUUUUUGUUCGCAUA